AUGGAGGACCAGCGUGACCUCAUCUCCAACCAUGAGCAGCUGCCCAUCCUGGGCCAGCGCCCCCGAGGCCCUGAGAGCAAGUGCAGCCGUGGGGCCCUCUACACGAGCUUCUCCAUCCUGGUAGCUCUGCUCCUGGCAGGCCAGGCUACCACUGCCUACUUCCUGUUCCAGCAGCAGGGCCGGCUGGACAAGCUGACGGUCACCGCACAGAACCUGCAGCUGGAGAACCUGCGCAUGAAGCUUCCCAAGCCGCCCACACCUAUGAACAAGAUAAAGAUGGCUACUCCCAUGCUGAUGCGGGCACUGCCCAUGGAAGCCCUGCCCCAGGAGCCUAUGCCAAAUGCCACCAAGGACGGUAACAUGCCCCAGGACCAUGUCAUGCAUAUGCUUCUGAGGAGUGACCCCCUGAAAGUGUACCCACAGCUGAAAGGCAGUCUCCCAGAGAACCUGAAGCAUCUUAAGAGCACCAUGGACGGCCUGGAUUGGAAGAUCUUUGAGAGCUGGAUGCAUCAGUGGCUCUUGUUUGAAAUGAGCAAGAAUUCUCUGGAAGAGAAGCCUACUCAAGCACCCCCAAAAGCACUGACCAAGUGCCAGGAAGAGGUCAGCCGCAUCCCUGCCAUCCACCCGGGCAAGUUCAUGCCCAAGUGCGACGAGAAUGGCAACUAUAUGCCGCUCCAGUGCUAUGGGAGCACUGGCUACUGCUGGUGCGUCUUCCCCAACGGUACCGAGGUCCCCCACACCAGGAGCCGUGGGCGCCAUAACUGCAGUGAGCCUCUGGAACUGGAGGACCCCUCCUCUGGGCUGGGUGUGACCAAGCAGGACUUGGAAGAUCAAGGCUCACUGGAUGCCAGCCCGAACCUCUACCUCUAG